AUGGAUGUCAUUCUCGAGGUCUUCGAUACUCUAAUUUUCGAUUACUUCUACGCCAAAUUGUCUUCAGCAAAAGAUGCUUCCGCCAUCUCCUCUCGCUUCAACAAUAGCCUCAAUGAAACCAAAUAUGACUUUGUUGGUGCUGGCGGAUACGUAUAUCAACCGACAACAACUUAUUUCAAGCUGCAACCGUCGAUAUACGCAUAUACAUCGUCACUUCCUAGAGAUUAUAUCUGGAGACAGCUAUUCACCCUAUAUAUCAUCACCUGGGUUUUCGGACUCCUCGUCUACUUCAUCUUUGCCACCAUCUCCUACGUCUUCGUCUUCGACAAAUCAACCUUCAAUCACCCCAAAUACCUCAAAAACCAAAUCCGCAUGGAAAUUAAACAGACUUCAAUCGCCCUCCCAAUCAUGGCCAUCUUCACAGCUCCCGUCUUCCUCCUCGAGGUCCGCGGAUAUGCAAAAAUAAAUUUGCCUAUGUCUUCUUUUUUGUCUUCAUCAACAUCUGGGACUGUCCUGAUUCAUGACGGCGAAUACGUCGCGAACUCCCCCAUCAUCAACGGUGCCGCCUGUCAUACUAUGCACCACCUCUAUUUCAACUUCAACUACGGCCAGUUCACUACUAUCUGGGAUCGUCUGGGUGGCAGCUAUCGGAAACCGAAUAUUGAACUUUUCCACAAAGAGACAAAGAUGGCAAAGGAGGAGUGGGAGCGACAGGUUAAGGAGAUGGAAUCGCGCGUUCAGGCGGUCGAAGGCAAGGAUGACCGGACAUAUGUGACGGAUGUGGAUGCGGAUGUGAAGGAGUCGAAGAAGAUGCUAUAA